UGAUUCAGCGACAACAACCCUCAAAUUAUAAUUUGUUGUGGUAGGAAGUUGGAAGGCAUUGUCCUUUAACAGUUAUGGCAGAUUGACAACAACAACUUGGACGGCAACUAAGGGUAGUUUGAACCCAAGGGUGCCGGUCCGUCUAAGGGUGGUUCACUAUAUAAGCCAGGAUCAGCAAGGCAGAGAGCAUCAGUUCACCUUCAUCCGUGAUCAUCUCAACAACUCUCGCCUUACGAAAGAUAUAAACAAUUUAAUUCGUGUUUUUAAACGAAAAUAAAAAUCUGCAACGAAAAUGUCUCGCUCAUUUUUAAUGGAUUCUUUGCUCAGCGAUAACAUGCCUCUGAAAAAGGAUACUUUGGGCUCUCCAACGGCUGUGUCACCGGCUGCCACCAAUGCAGCUCAAGCUGCCGCCGCUGCUGCUGCAGCAGCUGCCAUGUUGCCCCAAAUCCCCAUGCUGCCAUACCCGGCCAGCUAUGUGGGCAGUUAUUUGUUCUCCUUGGGUAUACAACAACAGCAGCAGCAACAACAAGCCGCAGCAGUAGCUGCAGCCGCUUUGCAACAACAAUCCUAUCAUCCAUAUGCCUCACUUUUGGCCCAAAAACGGAAAGCUUCUGCCGCAUUUGACACCUACAACACCGUACCGGCCACAAUUCCAUAUGGAACAAUUCUACCCUUGGCCGCUGACAAUGUCUAUUGCACCUCACCAUCAGCCUCUUCAUCCACCUCCACCAUGGAUUAUCCCUCAAAUGAUGAACAAUCGUCAAAACGUUAUCGUCACGAUUCUUCCUGUUCACCAUCCAGCUCACCACUGAAACCCACCGCCAACAGCAAUUCGAACAACCAAACUGUCUCCGCCAGUUGCUCCAGCUCACCAAAUGUAGACAUUACUCCUGUCAUCUCAGACUAUGCCGAUUCCAGCAAACGCAUUCGUACCGCUUUCUCAAGCACCCAACUGUUGGAAUUGGAACGUGAGUUCUCCAUGAAUCCAUAUCUGUCGCGCUUGCGUCGCAUUGAAAUUGCCAAUCGUUUGAGGCUGUCGGAGAAACAAGUCAAAAUCUGGUUCCAAAAUCGCCGUGUCAAGCAAAAGAAAGGUUCCGAAUCUCCAACCUUCAACAUGUCCGGAAAUAAUCCUUCAAGUCCUUCACAAUCACCCAAACAACAUGAUGACUGUUCGCCUUCGAAGGGAAUCAAAAGGGAACAAUAAUUUGCUAUAAUUUUGUUGUUUUUGUAAAUAUGUACAAAUGUAUUUUGUGAGGUUAUGUAGUUUCUAAGAAAAUUUUU